AUGGUCAAAUUCAUUGAAAAUGAUUGGACACGUAAUGAACAUCAAGGUGCCUAUAUGGGUUUGGCUACUAUUCAUGAAUCUCAAAUGAAAUUAACAUUGCAACAUGCUCAACCGGACAAUGGAUAUGUAUUGACAAUGGCACAAAUUGAACAAAUUAGCGCCGAAAAAGGUGGUGGAUCAUCGACUGCAGCUGUGUUUCUUAUCGAGGGACAAUUAAUACGAGCAAAAAUGGCCUAUUUAGAAUAUUUGGACUUUGGCUUACAGAUGUUCGAUGAUCUUCAGGAUGUGGAAGAAGACAUGAAGAAUAAUCAUCGAACUAUUUUCACUCAAUCAUUGGCUGAUGGUCAAACAUUGGAUGCACCUACGGCUCGUCUCAUUCAAUAUUGUUAUUAUGCACCACCUUUUGAAAAUUUUUCUGAUGAUCAUCGUACAGUAUCAGAUGCACAAAGCGGUGACACAUUGGCUCAUUAUGUUCGUGCUUCGAUGAUGAUGUUUUUGGUGUUGCUCAUUUUGGAAGCUGUUUCUCGACUACAACAAUACUAUUCUGAGGAAUGCUAUCGUGAAAUAUCAACAUUCAGUCCAUCGGCAUUUGAUGAUCUUAAAAUGGCUCGCGUUGAAAAACCAUUUUGGACUGUUAUGCGAGAUCAGUCGUUCUAA